AUGAGCUGCGAGGCACGAGGCCCGGACCCUCCACUGUCUCAUGAAACGCCAACGCAGCCUCAGCCAAUCCGCAUCAUUCCAUCUCAGUCUCAGCCCAAGUCGCUGCCCAAGCCCGUGCCUUCGGUUCAGCCUCUCCGCCGGGUCUCUCUGCCGCCGCACACGCCCCACGCCUCCAGCCUGCCCACCUGCCCCAGCCGCGGAAAGAUGGCCAAGUUCCUGAACCCGGAGGAGAUGACGUCCCGGGAUUACUACUUUGACUCGUACGCACACUUUGGCAUCCAUGAGGAAAUGCUGAAAGACGAGGUGCGGACUCUGACCUACCGCAACUCCAUGUACCACAACAAGCACAUCUUCAAGGACAAAAUCGUGCUGGACGUCGGCAGCGGCACCGGGAUCCUGUCCAUGUUCGCAGCCAAAGCCGGAGCCAAGCACGUGUACGGGGUACGGACUCUCGCUUUCAUCACAAUGAGCCGCUGGGGCUAA